AUGUUGUAUCUCUCAGGGACAAAAAUUGUUGAGUUACCUAAUUCGAUAAAGAAUCUCAACCAGUUGAAGGUGCUGAGGAUGUCAUCCUGUCCAAUACAGAGGUUGCCAGCUGGUAUUGGAAUGCUAGAGGGCAUGAAGGAGCUCAAUGUCCGAAAUUGUCAACAACUUGCGGGCGAACUCCCAACUACAACUGGCAAACUAUUGCCUCCAAGUAUCCUAGACAUAUCGCAAACUAGUGUUGGUGCAGUCCCGACGACAAUUGAUUCCCUCACGCAACUCCAAGAGCUGGAUCUAUCAUUUUGUAAUGAGCUUCAAGAGCUGCCAAAACUUCCCUCAAGUUUGAAUUGCCUACGUGUUAAAUCAACAUCAUUGCGGUUAGUUCCGGAUCUUAGUUACCUCACAAAUCUAGUGACUUUGGAGCUGUCCAACAACUCUGGACAAGCACUUGCGCAAGCAUCAACUCUUCAAUUGCAAUGGGUUGGGAAGUUAUCUAAGCUGGAGCGGUUGGAGUUGUGCCUUUCAGAUCAUUCCGUGCCGUCAUCAGAGUUGGGUUGCUUACCUCGACUUAAAAAACUCACCUUACCUCACAUGGAUAGUUUCGACUCGGUAGUCGUUGGACCACAAUUUUCGCACUUGAAAAAUUUGUCAACAUUGCAUCUUUUCGCUGUCCACUAA